UUGCAUUAACCGACCAACUCGGCCAGCUACAAUCCUUUGCGACAGAGGCUCGUAGCUUUAAAUUUUAUUCACAAUGGCGGACACAGCGCAGGCACCUGCGAGAAAGCAGCAGGAUCUCCAAUCGCAGUACACAAAUUACAAAAACACGCUCCAGACAUUAGCGCAAAAGAUCGGUGAUAUCGAACAGGAGGCCGAAGAACACAAGUACGUAUCACCUUGCGCUGGCUCGCUGCUGGCGUGGUGAACCGCUGCCGCGAGGGGCAGUAGACACUGUUCAGCGUGGUGCGUGAUGUUUGGAACAUAUGAAGCUAAUUACACCGAUUCCAGGCUGGUGCUAGAGACAUUAGAGCCCCUUUCAGAAGAUCGGAAAUGCUUCCGCCUUAUCAAUGGUGUCCUGGUCGAGCGAACAGUGAAGGAGGUUGUGCCCGCACUCAAGACCAACCAAGACGGCCUGAAGAAGGUCCUGGAUGACCUGGUGAAGCAAUACAAGACAAAACAAGACGAUUUAGACAAGUGGAAGAAAAAGAACAACGUCCAAGUUGUGCAGCAGUAGUUUCGACCCUGAAAAAAAAACAAAAAGUUUAAAGCCAAGGCGUGAUAUACCCUACCCGUUCGUCUCUCUGUGAUACUGUUUAAUUAAUUGUGGUUUUGACGCUCGCUUAAAAGGUCGUGUGGAAGCGUAGAGGCUACAUUGCGAUAGAGCAACUACGACUUCGAUUCCCAACAUAUUUAUAGACUUAGACUAACAGAAGAUCAAAUCACUACAUGAAAAAAUAUUUCAAGAAAUUUGAAAAGCUGAUUCUAUAACCUCCUGUAUGGUCGAUAUCGUUUUAACGUAA